GGGCGCACGCCUCCAGGGAGGACACAUAGCAUUCGUCUGUUCCUCUGCGUCCCGCCGAAGGGCACGCGCGGUGGCCGCGGAGGCUCGCGAGGGCGUGCCGGGGAGGGCGGCUGGCCGCGAUGCGCGUGCCCGACGGCGAGAUCGUAUGGUGCGUGUCCGAGCGGGACGCCCUGGGCGCCGGCCCCGCCUUGGCGGCCCUGGAGGCGGCCCUGUCCGCGCCGCUCGUCCGCUGCAGCAACGAGUCGGCCUUCGUGCGGUGGCUCUUCGCGCAGCCGCGCGGGGCGGUGGCGCCGUCCGCGAUCCUCGUCGCGGGGUGGCGGGAAUGCAAGCCGUGCAUGGGCGCCAUCGCGGCCGCGCGUUCCGGCGACUCCAGCAGCCUGCGGCCGGACAAGACGCGGCCCGUGCUCCCGAGGGCGAGCCCGGACGGCGCUGGCCUGGUGAACGUUGCUGUGGGGGCAGUCGGGGGGCGCCAACUGCCAUCGGACCGUGGCGUGGCAUUUCGUCACACGGGCUUUUUCGCUUGAUUUCGGACCACGGGACCCUCGCGGGUCGAUCUGGCUCGAGACAUGCCGCAGAAAGUCGGGGUCAAGGGCUCUGGCCAUGUCUUUUUUUUUUUUGCGACGUCGGAUCUCUGGUAGACAUGUCCAGCCGAUCCUGGCCUCAGGAGGUCGUGUACGCCGAUCCUGUACCGAGCUUGCGCCUGGCCAGGAUCGACGUGGGUGCCGAGUUGGCGUCCUCGUAGGCAAUGGUCGUCAUAGUGCUCGAGGGCAGCAGCCAGCGGCGGCACGCUCUGGGUUGGAUCAACAGUCCAGAGCGCGACCCGCUGGUGCUGAUGCGCAUCGUGGAGCAGUUCGAUGAGCUCGAAGCGGCCCUUCACGAACUCUCUGGGAAGCUGGGCCUGCGACUGCGGCGUGGCCCCAGCCCAGGCGCCCAUCCCGGGCCACCAGCUGCCGCGCAGCUGCGGGCGCCCGCUGAGCAGCAGCGGCAGCCACAGCCGCUCGGCCCCCGGGCUGCUUCGACGGCAGCCAGCCCCAGCAGCUCCAGCGGCCCCCCGGUCGCUUCAGCAGCGGGGAGCCGCAGCCGCAACGGCGCCCCCCCGGCCGCUUCGGCGAGGGCGGUGCAAGGCCAGCCCUGCAGCCCGAACCCCUCCAGGAGUACGCCGGGCGGCCUCCGGGCCGCUUCGGCGGGAGCGACGCGGGGUCAGCCAUGGAACCGCCGGACCAUGACCACAGGAAGCCCCCCAGUGGCCCCCUGGAUACUUCAGCGGCGGCGGCGCGGGGCCUUCGGCGAAGGUGCCGGAUCGGCAGCCUCUCUGCUGGCCGCUCGAGACACCUCCGAGUACGUCUGGCGGCGCGGCGUGCCGGGCGCCAGCGCGCGCCCAGCGCGGCGCUGCCCGCUCGCCCCGCGCUCCUCGGACGGCGCCAGGGCGCUCCGGCACGCCCCCAGCCGACCUCCUGUCGGGGGAGGAGGCGCAGGUGUUCGGUGUUGUUGAGCGGGCCACUCCUCCGCAGGACCGCACACCAUCGCCGGAGUACAGAUGGUUCCCCCCCUGAGGGGGGGUGGGCCAGGCAGGAGCUUCGGACAGACCCAGCAGCGGGUCCGCGGCAGUGACGCGUGCGGGAGCGCGCGCAGUUUUUCGCCUUUGAUCCACACCGCAGCGUGGCAGCAACCCACCCUCCCGCACGCCGCCCUGCGGCAGGGACGCGCGCGGCGCUUCUCAAGUGAAGUUCUGGGGUACGCACUGGACGAAAGAGGAAGGAACGAGUAGAAGAGGAGUCCAGAGCGUAUCCUUAUGACAUUUCUUUGCCGACCGGGCGGAAAUUGUCGCAAAAAUACGGCUCUCAUUGGAUUUGUCCCCUGCCCC